AUGGCUGACCCUCUGCGUAGGACUUUCUCCAAGCUGCGAAGUAGGAGGUCGCAGCGAGUAGCCACCGGCGCCGCCGGGGAAGCUGCCGGCGACCCCGGCGAGAGCUGCAGCACGAGCGUCGGAGCCCUUGGAGGGAAAGCCCAGCGGAACCUGCACCUCCUCCAUCCCUCCUACCGGGAAAACGGAGUGGCGACCCAAGCGUGCCCCGGGCUGGGAAGCCAGGUGGGCGGUUGCGAGGUGCUCCUCGUGUCCCCGCUGGAAGGGUCGGCCUUGCGGGACUCGGCUGCCUGGUCCCGGCGGGGAAAGGCGGAGAUGCCUGGAGAAAAGUUACCGGGAGCCGCCGUGGCCCGCGCUUGCCCUCCGAGAAAGCGCGCGGAAGGCACGGCGCUGCAGCAGGCGAGCCCCCCGGAACUCCGCGCGCCUCCGCUGGCGGCCGAACUCUGCUUCUCCUCGUCUUCCUUUUUCCCGAGGGGCGCGGAGCCUCGGCCGGCCCUGGAGUGCGCUGGCGGGAGCGAAGACGACGACUAUUACGAUAACCAGAGGCUGCCUGGCUGGGGCUGCCAAGGGACGGCCCGAACGCCCGAAGCAGCGGCGCGGGGAAACAAGCGAGGCGACGCGGCCGCCGUUCCGGGUGCAGGCGGCGGCACCACCGGAGCCAACGGAGCGCGAGAGAGCACCGGCAAACUGCGAAGCCAGCUCCAGGAGGCCUAUUACCUGUUGAUCCACGCCAUGCACGACCUGCCUCCGGCCAGCCCCACCACUGCAGGUCCGUCGCCCCAGCCUGCUAGCCAUCUGCCCGCCUCUGAGGCAGCAGGGAGUGAUGAUUUACGCUGGUCUUUCUCCUGCGGCGGGGACGGAUGCUCCCAGUUGCAAAGAUCCGAUCCCAGUGCCCAAGGCUCAGCCGAGAAUCCCACCUGGCGCCAGGGCAUCAGCAAGAGUCUGGAGAGCCUCUGCUUUGCCCAGCCUUCCACUUCCAAACUGCUGCUCCCGCCCAGAUGUCGGAGCGAAGGUGCGCUCCAGUCUCUGUCUCAAGAGCCACUGGAGCCCCUUGGCCACCUGCUCCUGGAACCUCAAGAGCUUGGCACCAGCCAGGAAACCUGCUUCCUUGCAGCUGCCACCCAGGGCUCUGGCGACAACAGCUGUGAGAAGAGCUUCAGCAGCCAGGAAGCUCAUCCCUCAGGGCUCCGGGAAGACCUGGAGGAGCUCUUGGCUCCUGAACUGUAUGCUGCCCAGGGCAAAAGGGUGGAUCCAGCAAGAGCAGCCGGGUGUAGCCAGGAGGGAAGUCCCCAGCACCCCUCAGCAGACGCCUCCCCAGGCCCCUUCAAGCCACCUGCUGUGACUGUUCGGAAGCUACAGAAAUGGAUGUACAAAGGACGCCUGCUCUCCUUGGGCAUGAAAGGCCGGGGUGGGACAGCUGGGAUGUCCCCCCCAUCUUCCCGCACCAAGGCCCGAGUAUCACCUUCAGACCAAAGAAUCUUGCUGGCAGAGCUGAUCGAAAAUGUUUACAUACCUUCUGUGAGCAGAAGAGAACUUAAGAACUUGAAAUCCAGUGAUGUUUCCGAGUGCAGGCCUCAGGUUGCUAGCAUUACUGUGUCCAAGAAGCGGAACUGGUUACAUCAAAGUUCUCUGAGAGUACCUAGUUUGGAAAGAGGAAACUCUUACAAGAAAAUUUCAGGAGAAAAUUACCAGGUACUGAAAUCUUCCAGUCCUUUCUUUGAGCCAAAAAUGCCUCAGACUUUUUCCAAAUUUCUAGGACAGGAAAACCCUAGAGGAAGAGUCAAUUCUGUACAUGCUGCUGGGAAUGGAACAAGACCUUUGGCAUUACAAAAAUGUACUUUAGAUUUUGGUGAAGAUAACGAUGCAGAUGAUGAAGGAGAAAUAUGGUACAAUCCUAUCCCUGAAGAUGAUGAGCCCGAGUUCCCCUGUUUUCUAGGUAGCCAUAAUAAUCACUUGGACCCCCAAGCCUUGAAUUACAAAAUAGCACCUGGGAAUGAUUUAAUCAAAGUCAUAGGGCAUAAUGAAGGCCUUCCUCAAUCCUUAGACUGUUCUGGAAAUGGUCAGCCUAGAGAAACCAGUCAAAUAGAAAAUGUGCAUUCCGUGGAAUGUUUGCAAACACAAAAGCCAAAGCCUGUAUGCGAUACUCUGACUGGCUCUGCAAUGGACGAAGGUCUUAAAGCUACUAUGGGAGGUCCUGGAAUCACGUCUGCAAACAAGGCGGAGACAGGAACUGCAGAAUAUUCUCCUCCAAGCCCAAGCCCAUUGAAAAAAGGUGGCUCAAUAAACUGGCCUUUCCCUGAUAAAAUAAAAUCCCCAAGAACCGUCAGGAAACUUUCCAUGAAGAUGAAAAAAUUGCCUGAACUCAGCAGGAAGCUCAGUGUCAAAGUAAAUUCAAGCCAUAAUAGCUCGGACAAUUCUUUGUUGCUUAAAAAUAAUUGCCAGGAAGUAAGCCAUGCACCGUUAGCUUCUUCUGGAAAUGUAACAGCAGCUGCUAGCAGGAAUGUCAUAAGCCGGUAUCAUCUUGAUAGCAGUGUAUCCUCUCAACACAGCUAUAAAAAGAAAAACAGGGGGACUUCCAAAUCCUCCAGCAAAGGGGGCUACCUCAGUGAUGGAGACUCUCCUGAGCUUAUAGCAAAAUCAGGGAAAUAUGCAGCUGAAAGGAAAGGAAAGGAAGUAUUUGCAGGUAACAUGGGUAAUAAAUCAGAAAUAGACAUUGAUGCUUUUCGACACUACACUUUUGCUGACCAACCCAAAUGUUCCCAGUACAUAUCUGGACUCAUGAGCAUUCAUUUCUAUGGUGCAGAGGAUCUGAAACCACCAAGGAUGGACUCAAAAGAUGUCUUCUGUGCAAUUCAGGUAGAUUCAGUAAAUAAAGCAAGGACCGCUUUGCUGACUUGCAGAACAACAUUUUUGGACAUGGAUCACACUUUCAACAUAGAGAUAGAAAAUGCUCAGCAUUUAAAAUUAGUGGUUUUUAGCUGGGAGCCCAUGCCAAGGAAAAACCGGGUUUGCUGCCAUGGUACGGUAGUUCUUCCUGCUCUUUUUCGUGUGACGAAGACUCAUCAGUUGGCAGUAAAACUGGAGCCCAGAGGUCUUAUCUAUGUCAAGCUAACUCUUCUGGAACAGUGGGAGAAUUCUUUUGGUGGAACAAAUGGAGAACGAGAACCGAUACUCUUUGGAAUUGAUGCUCGGAAAGUUGUUGAGAAGGAAAAUGAAGGUUUGAUGGUUCCUCUCUUGAUGAAAAAGUGCAUUACGGAGAUUGAAAAAAGAGGUUGCCAGGUUGUAGGGCUGUACCGUUUAUGUGGGUCGGCAGCUGUGAAGAAAGAACUCCGAGAGGCAUUUGAGAAGGAUAGCAAAGCAGUUACUCUGUGUGAAACUCAGUACCCAGAUAUAAAUGUGAUAACAGGUAUCCUCAAAGAUUAUUUAAGGGAGUUGCCUUCUCCAUUGAUAACCAAGCAACUUUAUGAAGCAGUGUUGGAUGCCAUGGUAAAAAGACCUUUGAAAAUGACAGCAAAUGGAUGUGAAAAUGAUUUGAAUGAUUCAGAAUAUACAAUGGCUCUCUUGGAUUGCCUGCCAGAAGUUGAGAAAGCAACCCUAAAGAUGCUCUUGGACCAUCUGAAACUGGUGGCUUCAUACCAUGAAGUAAACAGAAUGACUUGCCAGAAUUUAGCGGUGUGUUUUGGGCCUGUAUUACUUAGUCAGUGGCAGGAAACUACGAGCCACAACAACAGAGUGUUCACUGAUUCAGAAGAACUGGCCAGUGCCUUGGAUUUCAAAAAACAUAUAGAAGUUUUACAUUAUCUGCUCCAGUUGUGGACAGUGCAACAUCCAUCAGCUGAAGAGUCAGCCUUGCUGGAGCAGCAGUCCUCUGUGAACUAUCUGAGGCCUAAGAAACAGCGGCCUCAAAUGUUAAAUUUAAGCGAAGUGUCUGGGAUCUUGCGAUCCAGGCCAGCCAGACUGGACAGCCCUUCAAGCAACCGCUAUGCUGGAGACUGGACGGCUUGUGGAGAGAACUACUUUGUCAGUCCCAAAGAAGCUCUGAGCGAAGCAGACUAUGAUGAUGUUCCUUCAGAAGAGGCAGAAAGUGGAGAUGAUGGCAGCAAAGCAGAUGCUUCUAGAACACUGCUCCGGCGGCCCAUUUGUGUAUCCAAAGAACAUACCUUUCAGGCCUAUCUGACAAUGCAAACAAUGGAUUCUGCAGUGAACCAUCAAGUUAACCUCAAAAACUUGCAAGAAAGCAUUGAUACUCUGAUAGGCAACCUGGAACGGGAACUCAAUAAAAACAAGCUCAACUGGUAUUGUGCUGGUUACAGUCCUUGGUGCCAAAUAAGUGCACCCGAUGGCCUGAACCAAAUUGGCAAAUCUACUGUAAAUUAUUCCAAUGUUACUGGACAUUCUUUAAAUAGGAUGCUCUUGAAUCACUCCUAA